AUGGGACGGUCUCACUACCUACUCGGGUUGCUGCUACUCUUUAUUUGUUCAUUUCUCUGGAUUGCAUCGAGCUUGGGAAAACAACCAUCAAGCAUUGCCUUUACUUAUGGAUCGUGCGUCUGCAGCGUAGAUGACAAUGCUACUGUCGCCGCAGGUGCCGGUAUCAUACCCUCAAACCAAUCGGAACUUGCUAUCAAAGUUGUGAAACCAAUAUCAGAACCCAAGAUACCAAGCUAUCUCCCAAUUGCAAAUUCCUAUGAUCACCAUACACAGUCGUCAAUCCCAUUCAAGCUCUGGCAAAAGGCUGGUUCAGUGAAAAUCAACCAGGAGCGCGAGAAAGACAUUCGCAGUUGGCUAGAUGUGAACCCACGUCUACGACAUGAGGUACUCACAGAUGACAGUGCAGAAGAGUACGUUCGUGAGCAUUUUGCCGACUACCCAGAUAUCCUUGAGCUCUACCUCUCGCUGUCACUUCCGAUCCUAAAAGCCGAUCUCCUUCGUCUGUUGAUCUUGUACACCGACGGAGGAAUUUGGAGUGAUCUUGACGUGACAUGCCAUCAGCCAAUUAAUACUUGGAUCCCGGCACAAUACCAGAAUAUGACAAAUGUUGUUGUCGGUUUGGAAUUUGAUGGGGUCCAGUUCACGAGUUGGACGUUCAUGGCAAAACCCAAGACAAGCCAUAUCGUGGCGGCCAUCAAAUAUAUCAUCGAUGGACUGAAGACAUCUGCUGCACAGCACAAUGUGACCACUGCCGAACUUAAUAUGACGAUUAUCGGCAAUGUGGUGGAUGUUACGGGUCCACAGGCGAUGACUGUUGCCCUAUUGCAGAAUCUGCAGGAGGAAAUGGGUGUUCCUUUCGGCCGAGCCAAUAUAACCGAUAUGAAAGAACCCACCCUAUUUCAAGACGUGCUCGUGCUGCCUGAUGCGGCCUUUGCCUCUGCUCAGGGUGGCUUCCCAGAGGACCGAGGGCCUUAUCUUGUUGAACACCAUUAUGCUGGCUCUUGGAAAAAUGCCAAUGGUGGCGAAACAAGUUCGUGA